CGUCUGUCCAGUGGCUGCAAUUGGUCGCAUGAACGUUUUUUCCCCCCGGACUCAAGACUAAAGGAUGAAAUGAGGUGCAGAGCUGAAGAGCUGAGGGAAUGGACGAAUAAAGACAGACGAAAUACGCACACGGAGAGCGCUGUGAGCCAUCUGACUGACGCUGCGAGAAGAUACGAGUGAAGUCUGACCAUCACAAGACGCGGGGAUUUGGAUCACAUUUAGAUCAAGUGGAUUUCACUGAAGCGAAUGGUGUGAAAGGUGCAGGGCAAGCAUCACUCACAUGGCUAUAAGGAUGCGGGUGUCGGGAUCGAGGAUUAAGCUGUGGUGUCCGCUUAUCUCGCUUGCACUGAUUCAGUUUCUCACCCCUGUUUCGGCUCAAGUUCCAGCUCCAAGAAGACUUCGAUUUAAAGUCCUGAGUGCAGGCCGGCUACUUGUCUCAUGGAAGGAACCAAAAGGAGAAUAUGAAGGCUACAAAUUUAUAUAUAAUAGUGAACCAGGUGGGGAAACAACCGAGUUGCAAAUUGCAAGGGGAGAGAAUAAAGCAAUAAUAAAGGAUUUUAAUCCCAGGAAGGAGUAUUCAGUCAAGGUUAUAGCUGUGAGUGGAAACCUGCACAGCCGAGCACUUCAGGGAAAAUAUGCUGAAGACCAGAGCAGUGAUGGAGACACCACUCAAACUCAAAGACUGAAAGAACCAGGAACUGUGGAUGAGGGCAAUGAGAUCUCAGGAGGUGUGAAGAAUGCUGAUGAGAACGAGCUGAAGGCCAUCGCCUCUGAACCAGAGGAAACACAUGUUUAUAAUGUGGCAGACUUCAGUAUCAUGAGCACUAUAGUGGACGGUCUGACCAGAAAGGUGUGUGAUGGAGUGGACCAACAAGACAAAGAUAUUAAACGAGAUUUUUCCACUGAAGAGACGGCAUCUCCACCCCAGGACUUGGUCACUUCUGAGGUGACUGCACAUAGUUUUUGUGUGUCUUGGACUCGUGCGUCUGGCGGUGUGGAAAAAUAUCGGGUUGUUUACCAUCCAACUGGAGCAGAUAUUCUGGAAGAGAUUGUGGUGGGCGGCAUGGAGAAUUCAGUCGUCCUGCAGAAUUUGAACUCUCUGACUGAAUACGAGAUUGCUGUGUUCGCUGUGUACCGCAGCGCAGCGAGUGACGCUCUGAGAGGCAGCGAGAUCACGCUUGCUCUACCAACAGUGAGUGAUCUCGAGGUGUACGACAUGACAGACAACAGCAUGAGAGCCCGCUGGAGGGAUGCAGAAGGGGCUUCUGGGUACAUGAUCCUUUACGCUCCACUGAGAAGUGAGACUACAGAUGAAAGAGAGCUAAAGGUGGAUGAGUCGGUGACUGAUGUGGAACUGACUGAAAUGAUUCCUGACACAGAGUACAGCGUUACGGUCUAUGCCAUGUUCGGAGAGGAGGCCAGUGAUCCCAUUACUGUUCAGGAGACCACCAUGUCCCUGAGACCUCCACGUAACCUGCGGGUCACUGAAGUUGACCACAGCUCUGUGCGACUGAACUGGGACGCAGUGUCCAGUAAGGUUAAGGGCUACCGUGUCGUGUAUAUGAAGACAGAUAGAGUCCAGACCAGUCAGGUGGAUUUGGGUCCAAUCACCAAUGUGUACUUGAAGAACCUGUCACCCUUAACAGAGUACACCGUUGCAGUUUUUGCUCUCUACGAUGCCGGCCAUUCAGAGGCGCUCAGUGGUGGAUUUAAUACAAAGCUUGUGCCUGCCCCGUUCAGCCUGAUGACAUCAGAGGUGACCUCAGAGAGUUUCCGGGUCAGCUGGUCACAUCCUGCCAGAGAUGUGGUGCUCUAUAAGAUGGCCUGGUCACCCACUGAAGGAGGACAAGAGAUGGAGAGGAUGCUGAAUGGAGCUGAGGACUCAUAUGUGAUUCAAGACCUGAGUCCUUUUACAGAGUAUAAGGUGUCACUCUCAGCCAUCUAUAAAGACGAAACGGAGAGCAGCCCUGUGGUUGUGUUUGAGAAUACAUUGGGCUGGACCACAGAAGUUCACACCACUUUUCCCUCCACUAUAGCAUUUGUUCAUCUGGGAGUGAGUAACCUGUGGGUGGACGAGGAGACACCCUUCAGUAUGCAAGUGAACUGGGAGGUGCUGGACUCAGACGUGGAGCAGUACAAAGUGACAUAUGUCAGUGCAGACCGCACAGAAGAGACAGUGUUUGUCGCGGGAAACAGAAGAAGUGUGAUCCUGCAACCUCUCCUCUCAGACACAAGGUACAAGAUCACAGUGACCCCUAUUUAUGCAGAUGGAGAGUCCACAGCUCUGUCUAAGGCCUCUACCGGCAAAACAUUGCCACUUUCUGGACCCAGUAACCUCAGAGUGUCUGAUGAAUGGUAUAAUCGCUUCCGCAUCAGCUGGGAUGGCCCUCAGUUCCCAACUUUGGGUUACAGAGUCAUCUAUCAGCCUAUCGCAGUGUCAGGUCCGGCUCUAGAGACGUUUGUAGAGGAUGAUGUGAACACCCUGCUGAUCCUCAAUCUGUUGAGUGACACCGAGUACAGCGUUCAGGUCAUCGCCUCCUACACCACCGGCUCCAGCCAACCCCUCACCGGCAAGGGCAAAACAUUGUUCCUGGGGGUGAAGAAUCUCAGCACGUACCAGGUGCUCAGUAGCAGCUUGUGUGCCCAGUGGCAACCUCACCGCCAUGCCACCGUCUACAGAGUCGUCAUCGAGUCACUGCUCAACGGUCAGAAACAGGAAGUGAGGGUUGGUGGCGGUGCAUCCAGAGAGUGCUUCUUCAAUCUUUCCCCCAACACCCAGUACAAGAUCAGCGUCUACACUCUCUUACUGGACACAGAGGGUCCUGUUGUCACCACCAUGGCGACAACCGCUCCAGCACCCACCCAGCCACCGACCGCACCACCCACCACCAUCCCUCCUCCCACCAUCCCCCCAGCCAAAGAAGUUUGCAAAGCAGCCAAGGCAGACCUUGCCUUCCUUGUAGAUGGCUCCUGGAGUAUCGGAGAUGACAACUUUCAGAAGAUUAUCCGUUUCCUGUACAGCACAAAUGGUGCACUUGAUGUGAUUGGCCCCGAGGGAACACAGGUGGCCAUUGUUCAGUUCAGUGAUGACGCCAGAACAGAGUUCAAACUCAGCUCCUACAGCGAUAAGGAGGCUCUGCUGGACGCCGUGCAGCGCAUCACCUACAAGGGAGGAAACACCAAGACAGGUCGAGCCAUUAAGCAUGUGAAGGAGGCCAUCUUUGCUGAGGACGCGGGCGUAAGGAGGGGCAUUCCUAAAGUGCUGGUGGUGCUCACGGAUGGGCGAUCUCAAGAUGAUGUCAACAAGAUCUCUAAGGAGAUGCAGAUGGAGGGCUACAUUAUCUUUGCCAUUGGCUUUGCUGAUGCUGACUACGGGGAGCUGGUGAACAUUGCCAGCAAACCAAGCGAGAGACAUGUGUUCUUUGUGGACGAUCUGGAUGCCUUCAAGAAAAUUGAAGAACAGCUCAUAACUUUUGUUUGUGAGGCUGCGACUGCCACUUGCCCCUCGAUGUUAAUGAGCGGGAACACUUUAGCAGGCUUCCGUAUGAUGGAGAUGUUUGGUUUGGUGGAGAAGCACUACAGCAGCGUGCAAGGUGUCUCACUGGAGCCUGGGACUUUCAACAGCUACCCCUGCUAUCGGUUGCACAAGGACGCCCUCGUCUCUCAGCCUACCAGGUAUCUACAUCCUGAAGGCCUUCCCUCUGACUACACUAUAUCUAUGCUGUUCCGCAUACUGCCUGAAACUCCUCAGGAACCUUUUGCAUUGUGGGAAAUCCUUGACAAAAACAAUGAGCCACUUGUGGGCAUUAUCCUGGAUAACGGAGGGAAAACAUUAACCUUUUUCAAUUACGACUACAAGGGAGAAUUUCAAACAGUGACUUUCGAAGGAAGUGAAAUUAAGAAGAUUUUCUAUGGCAGUUUCCAUAAGCUUCAUGUGGCCAUCAGCAAAACUGCUGCUAAAGUGGUGAUUGACUGCAAAACGGUGGGAAAGAAAUCCAUCAACGCCGCAGGGAACAUCACCAUUGAUGGAGUGGAGGUUCUGGGACGCAUGGUCCGCUCACGUGGAAAGAGAGAUAACUCAGUGCCGUUUCAACUCCAGAUGUUUGACAUCGUCUGCAGUACAUCAUGGGCCAGUCGGGAUAAGUGCUGUGAGCUCCCAGGCUUGAGAGUAGAAGAAGACUGUCCUGCCAUGCCCCAUGCCUGCACCUGUGCUCAGGACAGCAAAGGACCACCUGGACCCUCAGGACCACCGGGUGGUCCUGGUAUCAGAGGUUCAAGAGGAGAUCGGGGGGAGCCAGGCUUGACGGAGACUGCAGGGCAUUCACACUUUGUUUCAGCAGCCCGGCUGGUGGGGCCUCAAGGGCCACCUGGUGAGAUCGGACCUCCUGGACCGCAGGGGCCACCGGGUCCUCAGGGGCCGAAUGGACUGUCCAUUCAGGGGCCACCGGGGGCUCCAGGAGAAAAAGGAGAGAAGGGUGAAAUAGGUCUGCCAGGUCCUCAGGGUGUACCAGGUGCCAGUGGAGGACCAGGCCGAGAUGGACCUCCAGGACUGAGAGGCCUACCGGGUAAGGAUGGACCCCAGGGAGGACAGGGCCCUCCAGGACCAAUGGGAAGCCCUGGAGCUCCUGGGGCUCCAGGACCAAGUGGAUCUCCAGGGCAAAUGGGUGAUCAGGGGACACCUGGGCCUCCCGGCGCCAAAGGCGAACGAGGAGAGAGAGGUAAUAUGCAGUCUCAGGCCGCUGUCCGGGCCAUAGCGCGACAAGUUUGUGAACAGCUAAUUCAGAGUCACUUGUCUCGCUACAACUCUAUUCUGAACCAGAUUCCCAGUCAGUCUGUUUCGGUACGAACAGUACCAGGUCCACCGGGUGAAUCUGGUCGACCGGGACCUCCGGGGCCACAGGGAGAGCAGGGUUCUCCUGGCAGACCGGGAUUCCCUGGAGCCAGUGGGCAAAAUGGCCGGCCAGGAGAGAGAGGUCUCUCAGGAGAAAGGGGAGAGAAGGGCAGUCCAGGGAUUGGGACACAAGGCCCUCGUGGUCCUCCAGGGCCCCCAGGGCCUCCUGGAGAAGGUCGGACAGGAAGUCAGGGCCCUCCAGGGAGACCUGGAAUUCAAGGCACCUCAGGACGUUCAGGUAUCCCUGGUAGCCCUGGUCCUGCUGGACCCCCCGGCUACUGCGACCAGAACUCCUGCAUCGGAUACAACGUUGGAGUACAACAGUUACCCCCCAACCCUUACCAAAACUACGGCCCCGCCACCAACGACAACAACGAGGAGGAAGAGGACCCUUACAAUGGCUACCGUGCCUACCCUCCUCAGUACUAUCAACCCAGCUAUCCUGACCCCCAUGCCGCCAGGUUUGGCCCCGCCCACCCUGGUGACACGGUGGGGAUGAGGUCACCUGGCACGCAUCGCUUCUCCCGCAGCACGGCCGAAGAGGGGAGCGUCGACGAGUCGGAAGUGCAAGUGGAGGCCAUAUAGCUCGGGUGGCCAGGCCCAGCAAAUAGACCGUCCACAUACAAACACUUUUCAUCAGAAUAUCCUGCAGGAUAGGACUGAGGGAAAUCCGAAAAGUGCCUGCUAUAUGCAUCCUUAUGGCGGUGGGUUUGUGGAGAAGAUUAGAAAAUGAAACUGUGUCGAUAUUCAUUCAGUGACUUUUCUGUCUUUUGUGAGGCUGCAUGUAGCCAAAGAGAUGAAAAGCAAGAUCAAAGAAGGAACACUACAAAAAAAUAUAUCAAUUUUCGCAAGCAGUAUUUUUUGUCUGGUUGUCCAGUAGAAAUAU